ACCCUCUCCAACUCCUCUGUCUCUGUCUCUCUCUCUCUCUCGCUCUAUAUGAUUACGUACAGAUCAGGCCGAAACAAACCACUGGUUUUAGUUUCUUGUAUGUGGAGCUUCUUCGAUGUCGUCGUCGUCUUCCAAGGUCUGCUACAAUUCCGAGUGCAAGGAAUUGAAAUCGGAGCAUCCGAGAAAGGGCUGGCGGCUACGUACGGGAGAGUAUGCUGAGCUAUGCGAUCGAUGCUAUCUUGCUUAUGAGGAAGGAAGAUUCUGUGAGACUUUCCAUAUGAAUGCCGCUGGUUGGAGAUGCUGCGAGUCUUGUGGGAAGCGGGUUCAUUGUGGAUGCAUUGUUUCAAGUCAUGCAUUUACAUUGUUGGAUCCUGGAGGAGUUGAGUGCAUGACAUGUGCAAGGAAAAAUUUUGUUUUGACACCAAAUCCAGCAUGGCCAACAUCUAUGUUCUUCCAUUCACCUUUAUCUGAGAGACUUAAGGACCUGUCUGUCAAAAAUUGGACUCAUUUGGCUGGAUCUGGUCCUGUACCAUGGAGGCAAGCACCCAGUUUAUUCAAUUCUUCAAUUCCUUCAUCUGAGUUGCAUACGAGGGUGCCAUAUGAAGUUGAUGUUUCAACUGGGAUUAACAAACUUAAUGCCAGUGAAAGAAUAUUUGUAUCCUCCAUGGAAAAGAAGAAAGUAGAGGAUUUUUCUGAAAGACUAAUGAAAGUUAACCUCACUAUGGGCACACAAGAAAGUCUUGAAAACGGGAAGCCAGGAAAUAACCGCGAGGAGCAAAGUAGUUCAUGUUUAAAUAUAUCUCAGCAGUCUGCCUCUUUGAAGGAGGACCCUUCUACUCCACAAUUUGGUCCAUAUGGAUCUGUGAGUGAAACAAAUGCUCAAGUGGGGGUUACUGGAACUAAUUUGCGGCCAACCCUUCCUUUAGCAAAGCAGUUUAAUGGUAAUUUACAGAAUGGAGUUGAAUCAUCUGCUGAUACUCAGAUCCGCAAUGCAAGGCCUCGAGCGGAUGCCCGGGGAAGAAAUCAGUUACUUCCACGGUACUGGCCUAGAUUUACUGAUCAAGAGCUACAGCAAAUAUCUGGAGAUAAAAAUUCUGUAAUAACUCCAUUAUUCGAGAAAAUGUUAAGUGCGAGUGAUGCUGGGCGGAUUGGACGUCUGGUGUUGCCAAAAAAAUGUGCAGAGGCCUACUUUCCUCCAAUUUCUCAGCCUGAAGGGUUACCUCUUAAAGUUCAGGAUUCAAAAGGCAAGGAAUGGGUAUUUCAGUUUCGUUUCUGGCCCAACAAUAAUAGCAGAAUGUAUGUUCUGGAGGGGGUUACUCCAUGCAUACAGUCCAUGCAAUUGCAGGCAGGCGACAUAGUAACCUUUAGUCGAUUGGAGCCAGAAGGGAAAUUGGUUAUGGGGUUCAGAAAGGCUUCAACUGCCCCACCAUCUGAUCAGGAAAACGAGACAAACAAGGCAAGCAAUGGAGUUUCAGCCCUUGCAGAUGCUGAAUUGGCAGAUCCUAGCUCAUGGUCUAAAGUUGAUAAGUCUGGUUACAUAGCAAAAGAAGCACUGGGAUCUAAGUCUUUGAUCUCUAGAAAAAGGAAGAACAGUACCUUGGGUUCUAAGAGUAAGCGCCUGAGAAUUGAAAAUGAAGACCUGAUAGAACUGAAGUUAACAUGGGAAGAUGCUCAAGGCCUGCUUCGCGCUCCUGCUAACCAUAUACCUACUGUUGUGGUGAUUGAAGGCUUUGAGUUUGAGGAAUAUGAGGAUGCUCCAAUUCUUGGGAUGCCAACAAUUUAUGCUACGGGCAGUGCAGGUGAGAAGAUUCAAUGGGCUCAAUGCGAAGAUUGUUUCAAAUGGCGCAAACUGCCUAUGAAUGCACUUCUACCCUCAAAAUGGACUUGUUCUGAUAAUUCAUGGGACCCUGAAAGAUCUUCGUGUUCAGCAGCGCAAGAUUUGACAACAGAACAGCUUGAAGAUCUUCUACCUUCCCAUAGUACAGUUACUUCCAAGAAAAUGAAGGCUGCUAAACAGGACCCAGAUAACAUUGAAGCUCUGGAAGGGCUCGACACACUUGCAAACCUCGCUAUCUUGGGAGAGGGUGAGUCACUCCCAGCAUCAGCCCAAGCCACCACAAAGCAUCCCCGACAUAGACCUGGAUGCUCAUGCAUUGUCUGCAUCCAACCCCCCAGUGGGAAGGGUCCAAAACACAAGCAAACCUGCACCUGUAAUGUAUGCUUAACAGUGAAGCGCCGUUUCCGUACAUUAAUGAUGCGGCGUGAGAAGAAACAAUCAGAAAAAGAAGCGGAAAGUACACGCAAAAAGCAGCAGCAGCAGCAAUUAGUAGUGAUUGAUAAAGUAGACGACGACACCCCCAUAUGUUGUAACGCAGGAAGCAGUAGUCCAAACCAGAAAAAGGAGGUCCUUGAACUUUCUGAUGAUGACCUUAACAGGACAAAAUCCUCAACCCCACCUUUUAAAGGCCAAAUUGACCUGAAUAUCCAGCCAGAGCGGGAGGAAGAGCUGUCACCUGGCUCCGAUUCUGGCAGCAUGAUGAAGUUGCUCCAAGAUGCCACAGAAAGGUAUCUCAAGCAACAGAGACUGUCAAGUUCUGGUGGCAGUGAAAAUUCAUCAGGCAAUCGGUCACAGCAAGUUGGAGGUGAAGCCGGAGGUGGGGAACCCCUCAGCAAUGGUGUAACCCUCGGAAGUAGCAAUCAUGAUGGUGGCAACGACUGUCCUGCAACUUUAUCCAUUAAGGCAUCAGCAUCCAUGACUGCGACGGGAUAACAUUAGUGCAUUGUUCUGUACAAUGAUAUGUCAGUCAUCAGCAACGUGGGGCUGUUGCUCCGAACUGAAGAUAGUUUUGUUGUACAUUCAUCCACAUGGGAUCUCGCAUCUUCAGGUUUGUACAUAAAGAAGAGAGGUGGGAAGAGGGCAACUUGAUUGAGAAACUAUAAUGUGAUUCUGCAAAUGUUGUCGUCUCUAAAGUAAAAUUAAGCGGACAUGAAAGCCUUAUUAUUUUUAAUACGGAAACGAUAAAUGCAACUGAAGUGGGUGGCAGGUUGAAGCUAUUUAGUUUCAUUUUAGAAGCUCACCUCGCUGCCUUGAUGCAAUGACUUUGAGGAUGUAACUAAAUAUCUCCUUUUCCGGCCGAGUAAAAUAGAAAUUGCAUUCACCUCAUUUUGUUUUGUUUAUUUUUAUGUGUAUAUAUAUAUAUAUUUGAACAAACUUCCCUUGAAGUGGUCCAAGCUGAAUUAUUUUA